AUGUCCGACCUCAAAGCAUAUCUAGCCGCCAAAUACAUGUCAGGUCCCAAGGCCGACGUCAUUCUCGCCAAAACAGCACCUCAGAAGAAGAAGAAACGAAAGAAGGACAGUUCGAAUGUAACGGGCAGCGGCGGUGCCAAAAUCGUGGACGAGGACGGUGGAUGGCCGGAUGACAGCAACAAAGACGAAGAUGAUUUGGCUGAAGCAGUCGUUGCUAGUGACAGAGGGUUCAAGAAGCGGAAGGUGAAGGACGGGGAAUCCAGUUGGGUGACGGUACAGGAGGGUGAAGGCGGACCCAGUUCAGCAAGGCAGCACGAAGAGGAGGUGACGCCACCAGACGAGCAACCUAUGGUUGUCGACACACCGUUCACAGGAGGUCUUGUCAGCGCGAAGGACCUCAAGAAACAUCUCCCACAGAAUGCCGUUUCGCAGAAGGAGGAAUACACCGCCGAAGAGAUUGCGCGGGCGCAAGAAACAGUAUAUCGUGACUCGUCAGGAAAGAAAAUUGACACCAAAGCUGCAAAGGCAGAGGCAGCACGGCUAAAGAGGGAAAGGGAGGAACAAGAAGCGAAGAAGAUGGAAUGGGGCAGGGGUCUGGUUCAACGAGACGAGGCUGAGAAGCGACGGGAGGAGCUGGAGAAGAACAAGUCAAGACCCUUCGCUCGGACAAUCGACGACAAGGAUCUCAACGAAGAAAUGAAGCAGAAGGAACUUUGGAAUGAUCCUGCGGCGGCGUUCUUGACGAAGAAGAAAUCAGAAGGACCCCGACGGCCUGAAUACACUGGUCCAACUCCUCCCCCUAAUCGGUUCGGUAUCAAGCCUGGGUAUAGAUGGGAUGGUGUCGAUCGAAGUAAUGGGUUCGAGAAGAAAUUCUUCCAGGCACAGAACGCUCGGAAACGACGUGGUGCAGAAGCUCAUGCAUGGGGGCGCCCGUGGUUGUCCCGCGGCCCCGACUGCGACGAAUGUUGA